GUACAAACCCCACCGCCGUGACCGCGGCCCCACGAGCAGCAGCGCCGCGUCCCGCCCCCAUGAUGGCGGCGCUGAGGGCGGAGCUGUGCGGGCAGCAUGGCGGACGAUAAGGACUCGCUGCCCAAACUGAAGGACCUGGCGGCGCUCAAGGGGCAGCUGGAGCGACUGCAGCGCCGCGUGGAGGACGAGGUGCAGGCCGGCGUGGGGCAGGGCGGCUCGCUCUUGGCCUCCCCGUUCGUGAAGGGUUUCCUGGCCGGGUACGUGGUGGCCAAGCUGCGCUUCUCGGCCGUGCUGGGCUUCGCCGUGGGGACCUGCACCGGCAUCUACGCCGCGCAGAACUACGACGUGCCCGACGUGGAGAAGACGGUGCGGGACUAUCUCGGUGCGCUGCGGAAAGGCGGCCGGUAACGGGGCGGUAACGGGGCUGUAACGGGGCCGUACGGAGCCCAGCGGCACCCCCCGGGCCUGCCCCGCUGCUCGGUGUCCCCGCCCGCCCCGUCGCGUUCCGUGCUGCUGCUGCCCUUGCGGUGCCGCCGUUCCCGUUGGCUGUGUGCGAUGUAUCCGGUAACGGCGUGUUCCGGGCGGGCUCAUUAAACUCAUGGCGUUUGUUCCCUU